UUAUAAAGCAGAAGGCAGCAGUGACAAAGGUUGAGUCGCUUACGGGGUAGAUUGAAUAGAACGGUUCUUUGUGAGGAAACUUUGUAAAAUUCCAGAAUGACUUCAACCAGCUUCAACGUAGGUUUAGGUGACGGCUCCAGAAGUUCUAGUAGAGUUUUGAGGCCCCCGGGUGGCGGACACACCGACAUCUUUGCGGGAGCAGAGCCCCUGCAGGUUCGAAAAGACAACGGACGCAACGCGUCCUCCAUCCUGGAAGGUACCAAUUCCAACGCCGUUCCACCGAGCCCAGUUAAGGCCCCAGCGCCUCCCCAGCCCCCAACAACCAAUAAUGAACCGGCCGCAGCACCGGCGCGCGGCAGGGUUCCACCAGGGGGCUUCUCUUCGGGGCUCUGGUGAACGAAGUUACCAAAUAUGAGACUUGUCGCUUCAUGUACUUACUUGUGUGCAACUUCCUUCCUAUGUGAUACGGGAAAGCCAAAUAUUCAUAAUUUUAAAUUUGCAUAAGGCUUUCGACUAAAAUUUCUCCUGACUGUAAUGUUUUUAUCAAUAUUUUAAAUUCGUGUUACUUUGCAAAACUUGUGUACAAUUUUAACAAAGUAUGUUUUUUAACGACUGCUAUAAAUUUGAUACUUUUUGUAAUAAAUGUUUGGAAACUU